AUGUUUCAUGAGGUAAGCGACGCCUCCCCAUCCCUGCUGUCUGUGACUCCUCGAGGCAAUUCACCGACACUCUCUCCAAUUAUUGGCCUUUCCCUUUGCAGCCCGGUUCACAUCGUGCUGCUUGGGGACAGCACGCUUGACAACAGUCGGCAUGUCGACAUUUCCAUUCACAAGCUCCUGGCUGCAGAAUGCUCCACUAUGGGUUGGGAAUGCACAUUCUUAGCACAAGAUGGCGCAAACCUGGACGAUGUGGCCAUGAAGCAGCUUGGGCGCAUCCCGGAUUCUGCAACUCAUGUAAUACUCUCCGUGUCCGGGAAUGACCUCCUCCGCCUGCUGAACGAGCUUUCUGCCAGCUCCUUCGCCCCGAGAGCUGUGUACAAAGCAGUUACGGUCAGGCUGGACGACAUCUGCCAGAAGAUGAAGCAGGUUCUUCAAUCAGUAACAGCCAUUGGCUGCCAUGCGGCAUGCUGCACUGUGUAUGCGCCGCAGUUCGAUCAAGUCCUUCUGAAAAUGCUGGUGUCGACAAGUCUGGCCGUCCACAACGGCCGCAUCCGCAAGAUGGCCCGAGACAUGGGCCUUUCCCUCAUAGACUUGGCCUUCAUCUGCACGCAGCCAAGCGACUUCGCCAAUGCGCUUGAGCUGAGCACGAGAG